AUGGCUUCCCAGAAUCCACAAACUCCAACAAACAGCACAGACGAGCGGAAGCCGGCCAAAUGUCGCGGCUUGAUGCUGGCGCCGUACAUCUACGACACCAAUUCUGUCCAAGAGCAUCUCCUAUGCAGAGCCGAAGCCACAAACACUGCGCCAGAAUCAGCCAAAAACGUGUCUGAAAUUGCGAGACAGGAGAACUAUGGAGGCUUUGAAGUCCAAGAUCUGGAUUCUAUGAUGCAAGAGCCUUCUUCCAUGAAGAGUCGACUUUGA